CUGUCAUUCUCCGCGGCGCGGCGGCGAGUGCUGACUGCUGUACUACCCCGCUCGCUCGUCCGUCUGUGCGCCCGAGAUGUGACCGACCGACUGGGGGCGGGCUGGCGGCUCUGCCUGCCGCAGCGCACCGAUUUUUCUCGUGUCAGGUGUCUCGUUGAGCCGUGAUUCCCUUGGAGCCAGAGACACGCACUAGGGGCUCGGAGCGCCGCACUCCCGGGCUGGAGGCAGCUGCAGCGCUCGGGUCCGCGCGGCCGGGUGCAGCAGCCUCAGUCGCCGCCGCGGCCUCACCGAGUCCUGUGCCCUGGCGAAUGCCCGGCGCCCGGCACGGCUGAGCCGAGGCAGCUGGUGCAGAGCGGCGGCGCCUGCUCCUGCACUCGCCGCUGCCGCCCGGCUGUGCCGGGGCGGCGGCGCUGCGCGCCGGAGUUUGCAGAGGCUGCCUCCGAGCGCGGUCCCCCAAGAAGACUCCCUGCCUCCUCAGUCCCAGUAAGUUGACUGUAGUUUCUGAAGUUGGAGGGAAUCGUGGAAAGGAGAGAAAACACGAGGUCGUUCUCCUAUUUUGGCAGUUGGGCACAACUUCAUUGCUGAGAAAGGGUGAUUUCAAGGCCAAGAAAGAAGAGAGAACUCUCACCACAACAUUUCAAAGGGGAUACAUUGCCAGAAUUUGGAAUACUCUUCUGGACAAACGUUUUCUCCAAGGAUGCAGCUCUCUGCCCCCAUGUCGCCACCCUUGAAGGACUGACUGACUCCCUCGGCUUGUGCCAGUGCCUGCUGCCACCAUGGGGCCCGCGGGGAGCCUGCUGGGCAGCGGACAGAUGCAGAUCGCCCUGUGGGGAAGUCUGGCCGCUGUAGCCAUUUUCUUCCUCAUCGCCUUCCUCAUAUUCCUGUGCUCUAGUUGUGACAGGGAAAAGAAGCCGCGACAGCCCAGUGGGGACCACGAGAACCUGAUGAACGUGCCUUCAGACAAAGAGAUGUUCAGCCGCUCAGUUACUAGCCUGGCAACAGAUGCCCCUGUCAGCAGUGAGCAGAAUGGGGCACUCACCAAUGGGGACAUUCUUUCAGAGGACAGUACUCUGACCUGCAUGCAGCAUUACGAGGAAGUCCAGACGUCGGCUUCAGAUCUGCUGGAUUCCCAGGACAGCACAGGGAAGCCAAAAUGUCAUCAGAGUCGGGAGCUGCCCAGGAUCCCUCCUGAGAGUGCAGUGGAUAGCAUGCUCACGGCGAGAAGUGUGGACGGGGACCAGGGGCUGGGGACAGAAGGGCCCUAUGAAGUGCUCAAGGACAGCUCCUCCCAAGAAAACAUGGUGGAGGACUGCUUGUAUGAAACUGUGAAAGAGAUCAAGGAGGUGGCUGCAGCUGCACACCUGGAGAAAGGCCACAGUGGCAAGACGAAGUCUACUUCUGCCUUGAAAGAGCUCCCAGCGCCCCAGACUGAAGGGAAAGCUGAGUUUGCUGAAUAUGCCUCGGUGGACAGAAACAAAAAAUGUCGCCAAAGUGUUAACGCAGAGAGUAUUCUUGGAAAUUCAUAUGAUCCAGAAGAGGAGGCCCCACCACCUGUCCCGGUGAAGCUUCUGGACGAGAAUGAAAACCUUCAGGAGAAAGAAGAGGGAGAGGCAGAAGAGAAUGCCACAGACAGGACCAGUGAAACUAACAAGAGAUUUAGCUCAUUGUCAUACAAGUCUCGGGAAGAAGACCCCACUCUCACAGAAGAAGAGAUCUCAGCCAUGUACUCAUCGGUAAAUAAACCUGGACAGUUAGUGAAUAAAUUGGGACAGUCGCUUACGGUGCCAGAGUCCACCUACACCUCCAUUCAAGGGGCCCCUCAGAGGUCACCUUCCUCCUGUAAUGAUCUCUAUGCUACUGUUAAAGACUUCGAAAAAACUUCAAACAGCACACUUCCACCAGCAGGGAGGCCUGGCGAGGAGCCAGAGCCUGAUUAUGAAGCAAUACAGACUCUCAACAGAGAGGAAGAAAAGGCCACCCUGGGGACCAAUGGCCACCACAGUCUCGUCCCAAAGGAAAACGACUAUGAGAGCAUUAGUGACUUGCAGCAAGGCAGAGAUGUCACCAGGCUCUAGCAACCCAGAAGACAGCCCUGGGUAGCCUGUGACGAUCAGCAUCUGGGGACGUUUCUUCCAUGAAAGAGAAGAAGUGACACAGACCUAUACUUCACAUGCUGCUUUAGUCACCUGAAGCUGGUUGGAGAGGCCCUGACUGUUCUCCCAGUUGUUCAGUUUCUGAGACAGAGAGGUACGGACCAGGUGCACCUGAGUGUGCCCCUUCCUGCCAGACGGACAGGCACGCCCAAGCAUAUCUCCCUCCUGCACCUUCACGCCCACAAAAGAUCCCAGCUGUCAGUGGUCUCAUCCUAUUAGUGAGGAAAGCUAGGCUGUAUGGAAAAACUGCACUCUCCAAGGACCACAACGCCCCCCGCCUAAUGUACUGCCACUUGGAAGAGCCAGGUUUUUCUUCCCCUCUUUCCUUUUCUCUGUCUGCUAUUGACUUUAAAAUGUAAAGCUUUUCCCCCUCAAAAUGUCCAGAUUUCUAUGGUUCAUUCCAAGGAAAUUUUCACACAAGGCUUGGCCUUUGCCUUCAAUGGAGGUGUCUUAGGAUGGCAACAAACUGUGGGUGCAGCUUUCUGCCCAGCUCACCAGUCCUGGGGAUCUGGACCCUGCAGGUGAAUGGGAUUGGGGAGGGACGUCCCUGGAGUCUCUUCCAUCUUUGUUUCUUCUUAUUUUGGCACUCUCUAUCAGCAGCCUCUCCCCAAAGUACUUGAAGUCAGUUUUAGAUGCUUUAUUUUAUUUUUCUAGUCAAAAACAUUUUCCCCCCAAUGUUUGAAAACUCAUCCAAGCCUUUUCAGUAUUUUCCAUGAGUAUUGUGGUACUUCUGUACAGGUUUAAGCCCAGAGCUCAUUCCUUCAAAACAGAGAGCCUUAAUCUUUAUGUUGGGACACAGACCACAUAUUUGGACGGCAGCCAUACAUCCAUCUCUGAAGGGCUGUGGACAUGAAUGUGUGUUUCCCAUGGUCUCCGCUGCCCACACUAACUGUGGCAUCUUAUAAGUUAACUGUUAUCCUAAGGUCAUCUAAGAUUAAAAUGUAAACAUUUAUUUUUGUUAUGUGAGUUUAUAAGAUGUUUUAUGUUUAAUGCCUACUUUCUCAAAAGUGCCAGAAAAAAUGUAUAUUAACUAUUUUGAUUUUAGGUACAAUGAUUUAUACUCUCCUUUUUAAAAGAUAUCAUAAAGCACAUAAGUUAGGUCAUUACAAGGAGCUGUUAUCUUUUUUCUUAUCAGAUGUUUAAAACAUUGAUGGUUUUUAAAGACACCUUUUUAAAUGGUACUUGGAGCUCCUGAUCUAAAUUACCUAGACCCCUAGAGAAAUAAAUGGACUAGACAUAAAUAAUCAUUUUCAGUGGCUUAUGGUGGGCAAUAUUGAAUUAUUUGAAACGGUAAAAAUGGAAAGAAGAACAAAAUAUAUGAUCAGAGGUGGCUGUGAAUUAUAAAUCUCAUAAAAGUGUCAUAAUUCCAUUAAGGUUUAAUUACAUUUUUUCAGAAAACAGUGAUGAAUUCUGCACUCCAGUGCUUACCUGUGCAAAUCGUCUAUUGGAAUCUUUUCCCUAUAUUUUAUAAACAUCACUGGCUGAAAUAACUCAGAUUAAGAGCUCAGCCUGGUUUGAAUCUAAUCAUCUCUUUAGAUCUUAUCUUAUAAGGCCAGCAUUAGGAAACUUGUUCACUUUUCAUUUUCAAAGGAGCCUAGCUGAAGUGCUAUUAUGAGUGUGGGCUAUGGAAAGGCAGAUUUUCCUACACAGAUAAAGAAAAAAAAUGAGCAAAUUACUUCAUCCCAUUGUGACACCUGUGACUUUUUGGAUUUAAUAAUCUAGCUGUUUUUCUUCUUUAUGACAAAGCAUAUAAUUGGGAGGAUGAAUCGUCUUAAAAAUUGUAGAGACCAGCUCAUUGGAAUGUUUUUACAUCCCUGUAUUCAUGGCUUGACUUUGUGACUGCUCUGCGUUGCACUUCUGACGUUGUGAAGUGAGCUAUGUUGGGGUCAACUGGCUGGCUGGCAUUAUUUUUCAAUCACCUUGGUCUCUCCCACGAAGAUAUCAUGUGCAUAAGCACAAUCAUCAUUGAUUAGAAGAUCAUGGCAGAAUACCCUUAGAUUAGAGAGAAGUUUGUACCUUGCAUUUGUCUGAAUUCCAAUCUCUGCUUUUUGCCAAGCACUGCUUUUUGACUGGUGAUUUUCACUCCUUUGUAUUAAUGACUUUGACCCAGCAAUCUCUCACGUGACUGGGUUCUAUAGUACAUAGUAACAGCCAAGUCAUGUUACACACCUAGCACUGUGCAUGCUGUAAUGACAUCCUCUAUAGGCACCUUACAGCUCAAAAAUUUUGUUUCAUAUCAUGCCUUACUUAUCACCAGGAAAGUGGGUAUGAUCUCUAAAGUAAAAAAACUCUUUUAAUAGAAAGCUCAUAAAUAAUUAUGUCACUUUACAAUUUCAUUACCAAAAUUUCACCCAGAAGUUUUCAAAUAUUAGUUCUGCAAUGUGGCCAAAUAUACACUGAAAUACAUCUUUUAAUUUGAGAACGAGUGGUUAGAAUAAGUUGUGAUAUAAGCAUUUUCAGUGGACUUUUAAAGGAACUCUGUAAGGCCCUCCAGCAAAAACGAUAAAAGAAUAACUGUAGCACAGGCCAUGAGGGUUGGCGGAGAGAGAAGCAGAGUAAGCCUUAGUAAGAUUGCUCAGCUCUUUGGAACACCGGCUAUUUUAUUGGAGUAUAUUUGCUUCAAUAUAUAAACUUCAUAUAAAUGGUGAGGCACCAUCACCGUUUGGACUGUAUAGUAUAGUUUUUCAUAAAUUUCAUCACAUUUGCUUUGUUCAGAAUCUGUGCUUAGAUCUUUGAGUUGGACAAAAGCCUAUGGCUUCUUUAAAAAAGUUUCAUCUUGAGCUAAUAACUGCAGUUUAAAUAAAAUGUAUGAAAGGUAGUUGUCAAAACAAUAUAUUUAAAAUUCUAUCUUGACAUCCAUUUUUACAAACAAUGGUAAUAGGUUAUGUGAAAUUUAAAAAUAAAUUUUAGGAUAUGUUUUUAUCAUAAGUAAGAAUUAUAAAUCUAUCUCAGUUAAAAGUAGAAUCUUUGUUUUUAUUGAGGUAUUUUGAAAGCUUAGAAACAUUUUGUAUGCUGUUUUUUGGUAUUUCUUAAGUAUAGUCAGCAGGAAACGGUAACCUGUUUUAUGUGAAAUUUUUUAAUUUGUCAAAAUUUUUUAGUGUGUCUACUGAAAUAGUUUCAAUAUCCUGUCUGUAUCCUAGGCAGAUAACUACACAAGAACAAAAUGCUAUAUAGAAAAGAAAAUGUUUGAGGAAAUCUUAAAUUCUAUAAGAAAGCAAUUCUUACAAGAAUGUUGGCUACAUAUGUUUUUUCUGUCCUGAAUAAAUUACAUAAUUAUGUCUGCUAAAGCUUUUGAAGCUACCACUAUUCUUUGUGGGAAAAAGGCUAAUUACUGAUUUAUCUGCCCUCAAAAUCCCAGAGUUAAUUCUAAUUGAGUACUAAAUUAACAAUAAGUAGUUAACACAGAUAACUGAAAUUUAACCACAUUAUGUCACUAUAUAUAUUUCUCUUGAUUUUUGUUUUGCCAAUUACAGCAUUUACUUACCUUAACCAGUAACAAACUACACUCACACACACACACACACACAUAUACACACAUACAUAUAUGUGUGUGUAUAACUUGGCUCUGACACAAUUCUGGUGCUAAAUUAGGAUAUGUUCUAUUAUGUAUUUUGAAUGUUUAUCCUGCUAGUAUGAUGAACUUUUGUCAGAAAAGCAGAAUUGGAAGGAACAGUUUUUAAAUCAUUUUCAUUUGGUAAUUAUGGGAAGAUCUUAAGUUGCUCUCAUUUAAUUUUUCCAAUUAAUACAUUUAGAUGUUAAGUUGCAUCUAUAAUUCCCUUGGCUGAAAAACAGUGGUAUUUUAAGACUAUUUUGUUAUAUAUGUGACUGACUUCUGACUCAACAUAAGAGGAGGACAUGUAAAGAGGGUACUUCUCAGAUAAGUGUUUGAGAAGAGAUUUGGCCUAAAGAGAGGGGUAGCCUUGAGCCAGGAUGAAGCCAGGGCAAGGUAACUCCCAAGGAGCAGUAGCAGAAGUCGGUCACCUGUGGCAUCCUGUUUCAUUCCCUUUUAAAACUGAGAGCUUUUACAGGUAGUGUGAAACAUCUGCAGGCAGCAAUGUCAUAUAGGAUGCGCACAAAAGCUGGUCUGAUACCGUGGCUAUAAUUACAGAGCUUUAGUUCAAUUAGGAUCUUGAAUUCAGAUUUUGUAAAUGAGCAAAUUACCUUUUUUUUUAGUGCCCCUUAUAGUAGUUAAUAUGAGUCCGUGCAAUCUUGUGAUGCCAUUCUUCUGAAGCUAUUGAUUUACGGUACCCAGCCAGCUUAGCUUUGGCUGCUGGAAGCACAGUAGGUACUGAUGGUUAUUUCCUGGAAAUCUUGACAGGCUUAUUGUACUAUGUAAUGGGGAAAAGUUGAAGUGUAGUGUUUGGUGUUAAUAAGCGACUGAUGUGAAAAUAGGAGCAUGUGUCUAUAAUAUCAAAUAUGGCUAUAUUUGCAGUGAAAUCGAAAUUCCUUAUUCUGCGGUACUAUUUCCUUGCCCUGUGUUGUAUCUUUUCUUAAGCACAUUUUUCCUGACAGUGGCUUUAGGCAAGUUGAACACACUUAGACUGAAAGUGUUUAACUUAAAGAGAUCAGUCCAGAAACCAUGAUGAAUUAGAAUCUUUAUCUGGAAUUACCAAAUUAAAAUUUAAAAUCAUAGUCCAGAAGAGAACAACCAUUCAUGUUUGUUUGCAUUAUCCUAGUGCUCAUUUUUAGGUCUGUGUUUACAUCCCGUCUCUACUAUUUGUGAGGUAUGUCAUUAUUUUCUUCAAGUUUUUCUUUGACUUAACUGAAAAAUAAUAUUCCAAAUUCUUCUUAAUGUAACAUGAAAAGAGAAAUACAAUUUGUGUUUAAAAGACAGUUUUAAAAAAGCAUUAAAUUCCGUAAUCAUUCCUCCUAACGCAGGAAGAUUUUUUUUGGCUUGCCAGUUAUAUACUGUGGGUAUUCUGUUCACUGUGCUGUGCUUCGGUUGCCUCAUAUCACCUUGCAUAAUCAUGUAUGACAGAGGUUGCUGAUUGUCAUUUCUCGAUGACUGUAUGUUUCAUUGGCAGCAGUAAAAUGUUUUCAUGUUGUUACCUUUUAAAUAAUUGUGUUGUAUUAACAUGCCUCAUAUUUUCUGGGAAAACUUGAAAUAUAGCUUAAAAAAGGUCUGUUAAAAAUAGGAAUUGGCAUUUCAUUAUUAAUACAUUUUUUCCUCAUAAAAAGUUAUACCAAAAGUGACAUAUUGUCUAUUACAUGGGCCCAAUCAGUAUUAAAGUACUCCCCUUACUCAAAAAUGUUAAAAAAAAAUAAUUCAUGACCACUUAGUAGCAUUUUCAUUCAUUGUUUCAAAAGGUCUUUGUAAUGGUCAAAUUGUCCAAUCCACAAAAGAGUGAGAAAGUUGUUUUCAGUACUGGGAAUUUGUAAACCUUAGUUUUAAGUCCAAAAAUAUCUCUUAUUAGCUUAAACAUUUUUGUGAUUACUGUUCCCUCCCCAGCUCUAGUCCUUUGAAGGAGUAAGUCUAAAGAAUUAGGCCAUGAAGUCACUAUUUCCUCUCACCUCGGUUUGCCUCCUGGUACUUAGCUGGACUGUCACUUUGUAUAGCAAUACCCCUGGCUGGGUCUCUUCUUCACUCAGCCUUCUGAGUCUACGAUUCACAGGACGUGCCAUUAUGUCUUUCCAGGACUGAUCACCAUGCUGCCAUAUCACAGGCUCUGCCAGCUGGUAUAGAACAUGCCUCGUCACAGCUGCCAGGAUGAGGCCACAGGUCCACCUAGGGCGGCAGGUGCUACUGCUAUUUGUCAUGGGUUUUGCUAAAACAUGUAUACUGUUGCUCACCUCUUUUAUAAGAAUGGUUCACACUGAGGGGCCAUGGAAAAGAACUUUUAAAAAAUAUGUGGUGGAAUCAAACUCACAAAGGCAGAAAUGUGAGUGCCAUGCUCUAUCCAAGUAAGCUCAGUGUCCCUGGCAGUGCUUUGUAUCUGGCCUGGGUCUCCUCAAGUUCCAGUGAAGCAGCAGCCCCCACUGUCCAGCAUGUGGAAGGUAGAUCCUUAUGACAACAGCAGACCUGCAGUUACCAGGGAAGAAAACAGAAGCUGAGGAUUGUGAAGGGGAAGAAAUCCUUCUCAUAAAAAGUAAUCAUUUUUAGGCCAGAUGCAGCAGCUCAUGCCUGUAAUCACAGCACUUUUACAGGCCAAGGCAGGUGGAUCACUUGAGGUCAAGAGUUCGAGACCAGCCUGGCCAACAUGAUGAAACCCCAUCUCCAGUAAAAAUAUUUUAAAAAUUAGCCAGGCAUGGUGGCAUGUGCCUGUAGUUUGAGCUAUUCGAGAGGCUGAGGCAGGAGACUCACUUGAACCUGGAAGGCAGAGGUUGCAGUGAGCUGAGAUUGCACCACUGCACUCCAGCCUGAGCAACAGAGUGAGGAAAAAAAAAAAAAACACCAUUUUUAAAGUAAAUUGAGUGUAAAAUGUUUUUGCUAUGAAGCCAUUGCACCCUCUCCCCCAGGAAACAGUGCCUAAGGAUGAUGUCAAGUUACAGCUGGUUUGCUCUGCUCUCCCAGGUCCUAGGAAAACUAGAGUGCUUCAGCAUGCAAAAUAGAGCUACCAGAUAUGGAGAAUAACUUGGCCAUUUAUAGCAAAGUGUCUGAUUUUAGAGUGAGAAGCCAAGUACCUUCUAGGUACUCGGAUAGGUGAAUGGGAGAUAGCUGCUGAAGCUCUCAUUUUCUACAUACAUCAGAAGCCAGGGUGUGUUUCAUUGUGGUCCUUUAAAACUUUGCUGUAAGUCAUCACAGUUAAUUCUUUGAAUGGAUAUUCUAGUGUGUAAUUUUUUUCAAAAUUAGCAGAGCAGAUAUUCCUGCUCAUUCUCUUUAUCCAUUUAGUUUUUUAAAGUUCACCUAGUAUACCUGUUAGGAACCCUAAAUAGGACACAGUCAAGGCUAAAAGACGGACCAGCUGGUCCCUGGAAGCUGCCGUUCAGAACUGUCUUGUUGCAAUGUCCUGGUUUGGUUUGGUUUGUUUUUUAACUCAACAAGUUGGAAACCGUGAGUUUAAAGCAAACUAUUUCCUUUUCUUAAGUUUAAAGAGAUUUUUUUUAAUCUUCAGCUCCUCAUUUAGGUAGUGAAGGCUUCCCUGAAAGACAGCAGUGCUUUCCCUAGAGGAAGAGACUAGGACCAACAACCUGCGUCUGUGGGUUGAGGAUUUUGAACAUUCCUUUGACAAGCUUCUAUGUAUUUUUAAUGGAAGACUCAUAAAUGAGCCUGAUGUGGUGUUCACGACCCAUCCCUUAAGCAUGCUUGCUUUUUUUAACUUCGCUUUUUGAAUGUGGGACUUGUCUUUUUCCUGGGGCCAUGCUGGGAUUUAAUUCCUGUGUGCUGCUCCACCACAGCCUGCCCCUGUCCUGGAAGAUGGCCAUACCUGCAGCAGUGCGCAGGUCUUGAGGAGAAGCAAUGUGAAAAGCGGCAGGAAAGCUGACUUUACAUUCAAGUCAACAAACAUUUGUGAGCGUUCUAGUAUGCUUCCAACCUUGACACUUUUUAAAAGUUACCUUUUUUUUUUUUUUUUUUGCUUCAAGUAUCAACCAUGUAGUUGACUCUGUAGUGGCAGAGGGAGUAGGAAUUAGAGCAAAAUUCCAGCUUCCUGCCCUUGUGUGUCUCAGUUCUCAUGUCUCUCUGGGAAAUGUAUCGGCCCAAUUCCCUUGUCUGCCACUCUGAGUCUCUUAAGGAGUAACAGCAGAUGUGUGUAAAUGAGAAAAAAUAUCUCAAAGAUUUAACUUCUUGUUUAGAUUGUUUCUUCUUUUUAAACUCAGGAAUACAUCUGGUUUGUAGAUAACAUUAUAUGGCUACUGGAGCUGUAAUUGGGUAGGUGACUAGAAGCAUUCUUUCAAAUAUAUUUCUUGUAAAGACAUCUAUCUUGUUUUAACUAGGAAAAGAAACUCCUCAUAUUAAAAUAAAAAACAUUUCUACAAGCUCUUUCUAGAAGAGUGUAGCAUCCAUCUACUAUCCAUCCCUGAGUGUUUGUGUCUUGCUCAUAAUAUUUCAAAAAUUGUUAUGGGUGGAAAAAAUGCACAUUUUUUUAUUUAUUGGAAAAGUAUAUUGGGUUGUUGAAUUAAAUUCUCAUAUAGGACAAUUUAAUCUAAAGAGAAGCAUUGGUUUUGCAAACACAGCACAGGGCUGUGGUCCCUGUUCCAGUGUUAACUUUACUGUGUGACCUCAAGCAAAUGAUUUAACUUCUCUGUGCCUCAGUUUCUCCAUAUACCGAAUGGGGAUAAUGAUACCAACCAUUGCCUACCUCAUAGAGAUAUUAUGGGGACAAAUGAGAAAAUAGAGAUAAGCACGAAUGCUUUCAACUCUUCAGAAGAAAGGUGCUAUAUAAAUCGAAGUUGUGUUUUUAAUGAUCCAAUUAUUAAUUAUGUUUAGGGUUUAAAUAAUAAUACUGUUAGUCAUGUUAUGAGUAAGUUUCGUUUUGAUACAUAUUUCCAAUUCUCUUCUGUGGCCAGAUCUUGAUCAUUCAACCAGUAAUGGUACCUGAGGAACUGAAAUGGAUAUUUGUUUUCUGUGUGUUUCUGCCAGUAGUAUUUCAAUUCUGAAUAUCCAGAAAAGACUGCAGUUUAACUUGUAAUAUCUUAUCGUUUACAUGUAAUAAAACUAUUCAAGCUAUAUAUAAAAGUAUGAUUACAUGUAUAUAGCAGGUAUGUUGUAAUUAAAGGCACUUAUCAAAUUGUCUUUGUUCAUUUUUUAAUUGUAAUAAAAGUUUUAUA